AUGACAGCUCGGUACUUCGUCUUGUGUUCCCACAUCCUUUCAGACAUCUCCCCGCUCCCACUUCUGACUGCCCAUCUGUUCUCCCCUUUCAACAUAGGUAUGAACCACACCAAGCUUCAGAUCGACGCACAACGGGCUUUGCGGUCUCGUGCACCCGAUCGCUCGAAGAGGGCAGUUUUCGCGUCAAAGGACGCAUUGCACUAUCGCUAUGAGGGCCAGCAAUUCUCCGAUGUGAACUUCCCAACAUUCAUCGAUCUUUUUGUUGCGCUUCCGGGUCCGCAGCUCUCGACAGUAGCCAAGAUCCCCGAAGUUAUUCAACCACGCAGCAGCCCCAGGGCUAUUUUCGAGGAUGGCUGGUUGCGUCUGUAUCGAGAUGGCUGGGACACAGAUCCUGUCUUGGCUGCCCUGGUUUUGAUUGGUUUGUCGACCCAACUCAUAUUUAAUUACGCCAUUAUUCUAACGAAAGUAGAAGCAGCUCACUGGGUAUUGAAGUCGGCGCUCAACGCACUAGAACUACCGCCCUUGGAAGUCAUCAAGGCAUGCGACGAACAUGUCACUUGGGUGAAGGAAGCCUUGUGCAAGCCUCGUUCAGCCGCGACCCAGCCCUCCCCCACGACUCGAUCUUCGCAUAACACCCACAGAGACCAACGCCGCCCGGAGAAGAGACCAUUGAGCGAAAUGGACAGCCCAAGUGAUGUCGAGAAUCCAGAAACGCUAACCCCGGUUCAAGAAAGACACGAUGCCUCCGUCACGUGUGGUGGGUUCGUCGACGGUCCAUGCUCGCAGGAAUAUGGGUACAUUGAUAAGCCUCUUUCCACCAUCGAUGCAGUCAUACAGGCAAAUUCAUCAAACCUAGAUACGCUGGUCACAUCCAGAACUUUGGAACCCAAUAUCAACCCGGCAGUGCUCCAGCCAAUCGAGACUGAAGUUAGCGAUACGAUAACGGACACACUGCCUCCACACGAACCAGGCCAAGAAGGCGACAUCCCCUUAGCAAACCAGGCCAAUGCUAAUGAAAAGCAACCGCCGCGGCCGACUCAUGGCGACUCGGAGAUAAACACGAAAUCGAUUGUUGCACCCUCUGGGACCAUAAGCACAACAUCCUUGGUGACGUGGACAGAAGUCCCUGGUGCUAGUGGCGCUUCCUCCAUACUUGAUGCGUCACGGACUUUUGAGUUCUGGCCUCCCGAGCUCUGA